AAUUCUUUACUUCAAGGAUAUCAAGUAACCUCCUCAUAUAUUUUAUUUAAUAUGAUUUAUAUAGUUUUUAGGCAAGAAAAUGGAGUACAAAGGUAAAUUUGAAAAUCUUACUUUUUAUAUAAUAAGAUAAAUGGUUUAUGGGUAUUUGCUACCAAAUUUUCUAAAUAUGAAAUGAUUACUUUCGGGAGUUUUAAAUUAAAAUGUUAAUCCUUAUAGCUACAUUUUAGAAAAUCUAUAAAAUGCAACAAGAGAGAAAAGGAUACGUACCUGCAUAUUCAAAAAAAAUACUUAUAUUUAUUUGUUAAAGAGGUAAGUUGUUAAUUAUAUUAGAAAUACAAAGAUUUAAACAUAUUGAUAUAAGCUAGUCAUUUCAUUCAAUUGGCUGAAGAAACUUCUUUGCAUCUCAGCUCUCUAAUAUCUUUAUCAUCAUUUAGAAGUAUACAAUAAUCGAUUUUAUAGAAAUUAGGUCUAUGCUUUGGAAGAUUAUCCAAAAAUAUCGAUUAUACAGUCUUUUUAUUUAUUAAGUUAAAUUAAGCAUGAUGUGCUCAAUUCUCAAUAGGAUAAACAUUUUAAAAUAGUAUUGA